GCACUCAAGCCUUUCAAUACAAUUAAUUUAAACUUGCACUCAAAGCAAAAGAGAAACCUGCUUCUUUAUUUACAGUGAUUGACCUCGAACGUUUAAAGGGACGUAAAACACACAUCAGCUUCAUUGUUGUGAAAAUAAUACCAGUCAAGUCCCUGCUCAAAUGUCAAAGGAAUCUGAUGGACAAGAUCAUGCGGAUGAAGGUACGGCAAAACUCCCGUGCAGCUCAGGAUGGUGGCUGCUGCACGAGAGAGGAGAUUUGUUCACCUGUCCGCCCACCAAUGCCCUGGCGCACUGCAUCAGUGAAGACCUCCGAAUGGGGGCAGGGAUCGCUGUGCUCUUCGAGAAGAGGUUUGGUGGAGUUGAGGAGCUUCUGGCUCAGAAGAAACAACCUGGGCAGUGUGCUGUCCUUAGAAGAGCUGGUCGUUUCGUGUACUACCUGGUCACAAAGAAAAAGUACUACCAAAAACCCACCUAUGACAUUCUCAGAAAGAGCCUUGUGUCUAUGAGGGAACACUGCUUGGCCAAUGGUGUUAACAGUAUAUCCAUGCCUCGGAUUGGCUGUGGGCUGGAUAAACUGAAAUGGGAAAAAGUGUCUUCCAUUAUCACAGAAGUCUUCCAGGACACAAAAAUCUCCAGCACUGUGUACACAAUCUAGACCACGGCAGGUCUGAAACUCACAUUAUUUCUUAACUGCUCUUAAAGAAUGGUUGGAGGAUGGCUUAUUAUUCCACUGGAAUUUGACUGUUUAUGGUGUGUAGGGUGUUCAUUAGUCUUGUUUUGGGAAAUAUAAGCUCUUAAGACAGUUCCAGUUAUAUACACUAAGAAUAUGUAGUUGUUUUCCCCUAAGUUAGAUUCCAUUGUUUUUCCAUCCUCCUGUUGCAUCUCUAAAUUGUAUGAAUGUUCUUUUCACCACUAGAGGGUGCGAGUUUCAUUUGAUUUGUUUGAUAAAUGAUGCUUUCUAGUUCAUAUUUUACCAGUGAAUUUCACUAAGUUAAGUGUACCUCAAAUAUAAAUGCACUAUAAAUGUCCCAUAAAUAAUAAUUCCACCAUUAUUCUGAAAUCCUUAUUUCCAAUUGAUUCUUUAGUACAGUGGUUCUCAACCCUGUUCGUGGAGCUGUGUCUCAUUUCGAAGGCUGUGUCCUCCACAGGUCGCAUUAGUCAGCCGCAUAUGUCACAGAUCCUCUCUCAUUUCAGAAAAGCAACCAUUAUAAAAUUCACUGUUAGUCCUCAUGAGGGAUAAUUACAGUAAUUUCUGUCUUUGGAAUGUAAUGGUCGACAUAAUGCCGGCAAAUGCGACCUCUGGCUGGUGCAGCCUUUGAAAUGAGACACAGCGAAAAUGUGCUGUUUUGGGGGGACUCCAGGAACAGGGUUGGGAUCCACUGCCUUGGUAUAUUAUAAAUAGCAUUGAAAAGCAUGCCGUCUUUAGAUUGUGAUUAUGAUAGGAAAUUGACUCAUGUUUACUGUUUUACAUACAAGGAGACUGUUCACUAUGCCAAUGUUCAUUAUAUCAUUUCAAAAUAAUAAAAAAAAAAAUCAUUUAAAAAGACAAAAUUAGAAUAUUUAAAC